UUUUUUAACAGUGUUCUUUAAUGUUCAGGAAGAGCAUAGAGAAGGCAGGAGUCUGUAUGGUUCAGCCACCAUGUCUGGAAUUGGCAGUAAACGGGCAGCUGGGGAGCCUGGCCCUUCUGCCCCUCCAGAGAAGAAGGCCGGGGUUGAAGACUCAGGGACUACGGUGGAGACCAUUAAGCUUGGUGGCGUUUCUUCAACGGAGGAGAUGGACAUCCGGACACUACAGACCAAGAACCGGAAACUAGCAGAGAUGCUGGACCAGCGGCAAGCCAUUGAAGAUGAACUGCGGGAGCACAUUGAGAAGCUGGAGCGUCGGCAGGCCACUGAUGAUGCCUCUCUGCUGAUUAUCAAUCGAUACUGGAAUCAGUUUGAUGAAAAUAUCCGCAUCAUCCUUAAACGCUUUGACCUGGACCAAGGUCUUGGAGACCUUUUAUCUGAAAGAAAAGCGCUGGUGGUACCUGAACCUGAACCAGACUCGGACAGUAAUCAGGAACGCAAAGAUGAGAGGGAACGAGGCGAAGGGCUGGAGCCAGCGUUCUCCUUCCUAGCCACUCUGGCCAGCAGCACUAGCGAGGAGAUAGAAUCUCAGCUGCAGGAGCGCGUAGAAUCCUCCCGCCGUGCUGUUGCCCAGAUCGUGACGAUGUAUGACAAGCUGCAGGAGAAAGUGGAUUUGCUGUCCCACAAGCUGAAUAGUGGAGAUAUUUCACUGAUGGAAGAAGCAGUCCUAGAGCUUAAUACCUACCUCUCACAUGAAAAUGGACGGCUGCAGGAGCUGGCUGAUGUUCUUCAGGAGAAGCACCGAAUCAUGUCUCAGGAGUUCUCCAAGCUGCAGGAGAGAGUGGAGACAGCAGAAUCUCGUGUGUCUGUUCUGGAGACUAUGAUUGAUGACCUUCAGUGGGAUAUUGACAAGAUCCGCAAGAGAGAGCAGAAACUCAAUCGUCACUUAGCAGAUGUUCUGGAACGAGUAAAUUCCAAAGGCUACAAGGUAUAUGGAGCUGGGAGCAGCCUGUAUGGGGGCACGAUCACCAUUAAUGCCCGCAAGUUUGAGGAGAUGAACGCAGAGCUGGAAGAGAAUAAAGAGCUUGCUGGGAAUCGCCUCAGUGAGUUGGAGGAGCUACGGCAGGAUCUUGAGGAAGUAACGACACAGAAUGAAAAACUCAAGGUUGAGCUGCGACGAGCAGUGGAAGAGGCAGUGAAGGAGACCCCAGAAUAUCGCUGCAUGCAGUCCCAGUUUUCUGUUUUGUAUAAUGAGAGUCUCCAGCUGAAGGCACAUCUUGAUGAGGCCCGCACUCUGCUUCAUGGCACCCGUACCACACACCAGCGCCAGGUUGAACUGAUCGAGAGAGACGAGGUCAGCCUUCACAAGAAACUGCGCACAGAGGUGAUUCAGCUAGAGGACACCCUGGCCCAAGUCCGCAAAGAAUACGAGAUGUUGAGGAUAGAGUUUGAACAGACGCUUGCUGCCAACGAACAAGCAGGCCCAAUUAACCGGGAGAUGCGUCAUCUCAUCAGCAGCCUCCAAAAUCACAACCACCAGCUGAAGGGAGAGGUGUUAAGAUACAAGCGCAAACUGAGAGAGGCCCAGUCUGACUUGAGCAAGAUCCGCUCUCGCAGCGGUAGUGCUCUCUUACAGUCCCAGUCCAGCACUGAAGACACAAAGGAGGAACCUCCAGAGAUCAAGCAGGAACCUGAUGAUCCUUCUGCCCAAGUGUCUGCCCCCAAGGUUGCUUCUGAAGAUGUUAAUGAAAUGAAGGCCAGGCGAGAUGAAGAGGAACGAGAGCGUGAGAGACGGGAGAGGGAGCGGGAGAGGGAACGAGAGAAGGAAAAGGAGAAGGAAAGAGAACGAGAGAAGGAGAAAGAAAAGGAGAAGGAGCGAGAGCGGGAAAAGCAGAAGCAGAAAGAAUCUGAGAAGGAGAGAGAGACCAAAGAGAAAGAGAAAGGGAAGCAUGAAGACGGAAGAAAGAAGGAGGCUGAAGUGAUCAAGCAGCUGAAGGCUGAGCUCAAGAAGGCCCAGGAGAGCCAGAAGGAGAUGAAACUGUUGCUAGAUAUGUACCGCUCUGCUCCCAAAGAGCAGAGAGACAAAGUGCAGCUGAUGGCAGCUGAGAAGAAGGCAAAAGCUGAGCUGGAAGAACUGAGGCAGAGGGUGAAAGAACUGGAGGACAAAGAGAAAAAGGAGAGUAAAAAGAUGGCUGAUGAGGAUGCUCUCCGCAAGAUCCGAGCAGUGGAGGAACAAAUUGAGUAUUUACAGAAGAAACUCGCCAUGGCUAAGCAGGAGGAGGAAGCCCUGCUGUCGGAAAUGGAUGUCACAGGCCAAGCCUUUGAAGACAUGCAGGAGCAGAACAUCCGCCUGAUGCAGCAGUUGCGGGAGAAGGAUGAUGCCAACUUCAAGCUGAUGUCAGAACGCAUCAAGUCCAACCAGAUCCACAAGCUGCUGAAAGAGGAGAAGGAGGAGCUGGCAGACCAAGUUUUGACACUGAAGACCCAGGUAACCUGGAAGAAGGAGAGAGUACAACAGAACUGA